UUCUGACAACUAAUAAGUUAAUUUCUAAAAAUGGAAGUACACGACGGUGCUUCCACAUCAGAAUCAACUAGACACGAAGAUCCUAACAGCACUGGAAGAGAAGAAACAUCUAUUCAAAUUACACCUUCAAAUGAUAUUUGGAACAAAGUUCGUUAUAGUCAUGUGCCAACUGCCAUGAGAUUACGAAGCUUGCUACUGUUCAUUUCAUCUUCAUUUAUCAGUUUCAUCGAAGCAAUAUCUGAAGUAAAAACUGUGAAAAUUACACCUGCGGAAAUUAUCACAAGAAUUGUCACGAGUUUUAUCAAUGGAAGUGUAGAGCAACCUCAAAGUUUUAGCCACGAGACGUUUCUGGACAUUUUAAUUGAAAAAAUUCCAAAUUCCGAUGAGAAAGGAAUGCACUAUCACGAAGUUUAUCUUGCAAUUUCCCCCAUGGUUAAUAAUGUUAAUUGGACAAGAAUAAAGUUUGAUAGAAGAGAUGCAAUGAUGUGCUAUAAUAGUUUAACAAAUAUUCUACAAGUCUGUUUUGAGCGAAUCGGCCUUGCAAAUCAUGCAGAAGCUGAUCAAUUAGUUCUAGCAAUUUACGUGACAAGUGUCUGGUGUUCCAUUUUAAAGCAACGCCCUGAGCUGUCCCAUCCUAUACCAGACCAAUGUGAUUUUGAGUCUUACAUGAAAACUUGGAUUUUCCAUCCUCAUUUCGAAAACUUCUCCAAGGUGUUCGUAGCGUCAUGUUGUCAAAUUAUGGAGUCGUCAGAGCACAUGAAGACUACAUGUUCCAAAGUUGAAACCCAAACACCUGAAACAGAUCACCAUGAAACACCAAAACCUUCAUCUCUUCCAGCUUCACUACCAGAAGUUCAAGACACAAUACCUGCAGAGCCUGCACCAUCACUACAAAUUCAUCCAUCUUGGAGAGCAUCACCACAUUUUAAUCCAUAUAUGGGAUGUAUGAAUACUGUUCCUUUUGUCCCGUUGAAUACACAUGGGUUUUCAUCUCAUUCUGAGCACCAUCAGAACUAUCCACCUAUGUUCCAUUAUUCUCCAGUUACACCUAUACCCACUGCUCCGUCUGCAGAAUUACCAUCAACUACAAGAGCUCCAAAAAGAAAGCAAUCAAAACAACAAAAACUGCCGAGCAUUCACGAAUUGACUGGUACUCUAUGUAAGCCGAGUAACAAAAAGGGACCUAGACCAGGUACCAAAUACAGGCAGCGAAUAACGGAACAGGAGUCAAUAAUACUACAGAUCGAAGCCGAGAAAAUAGCGAUGAAACCACAGGAGAGAUAUUCGAAACGAAAAAUUAGUGAACGAACUAAUAUAUCGUUGUAUCAGGUAAAAAGCUUUUUUAAUCGCAUAACAGCUGAACAAAGAAGACAACGAUUGAACAAUCCAGAAAAGCGCAGCAAAAAUCGAAGAAAACUCCAAUCCGUCUAAUUCAUAAUUUUUUACAUUAUCGGUAUAAUCUUCCAAUUGAAAACUUGUAAAUUUAACAUGGAAUGGGAUAAACUCAACUUUGUUUUUAAU